AUGGUCGCGGGUUCAAGGCGCGCAGAGCGCAAUCUUCUCUCGGUUUUUGUUCUUUUUGUUAGCUGAGGCGCGGCCUCAGGGUUUUUACCGGUGCUCCCGCGAGCAAUCCUUUUUCCCCCUGAGGCGACCUCUUGGAGUAGCUGAAUUGGCUAAGUCCCCUCUGCGCCUGAGUGCCUCCCUUUUGUUUUUAGCACCUUCCCACUCAGCCUGGUCCGCCACAUCUCCGAAGAUCCCUUCACCUUCAUCCUUCGUUUUCGAUCUCGUUGGCAAUAAAGUCCGAUAUACUUGACUUGCUGCGAGCCUCACAACCGCGUCCCCUCCUCGGUUGUCCCUCGGUCGCCUGCCCCCGCCCAGUCGACCUUCCUUCGGCCUGAUCCCCUCCUCCGCGUGUAGUCAACGUCUUCUGAAGAGGACGUUGCCUGCCAUCCCAGGCUCGCUUCGCGCGCCUAAGUCCUGGGCCGGGGCGCCCGGCUCACUCCGCGCGCCUAAGUCCGCGCCCGGUUCGCUCCGCGCGCCUAAGUCCUGAGCCGAGCGGAGAGUGGAUUCCUCACACCGACCAGCUUGCCGCACGUGACGACGCCGCCCGGGAAAUCAUCGUUGGCUCUAUCGACUCCGCCGACGUAUCGGCCACCCUCGACGCCAUCCCCAGCGACGACCUGUCGGCACCGCGCAUCUUUGCCGCUCUCAAGGCUCGUUUUGCACCGGACGACGCUACACGCACUCUCGAGUUGUUCGCUCGCCUUUGGGACUUCAGGAAGAUGCCUGCCUCCGUCGAGGCCUACGACACUUGGCUACGCGAGUACAUGUCGAUUGCUCAGGAAAUACGCGACGCCAAAACAUCGCUCAACGACGUGCUCGCCACCCACGUGCUCGCCAUGGUCCCGUCUUGCCUCGACAGCUUCCGACUCACGUUCACGGACGAGCAGCGAAACCGACGCGACCUUCCCGAACUCACGACGCUUACGGACCGCAUUCGCAUCCAGCUUCGUUCGGCAGGACUCUCGACCUCGCAUUCGGCCAUGCUUGCCACCAGCUCCCCCUGCCCCGCCUGCCGCGCUCCCGGUCACCGCCUGCGCGACUGCACUUCACGUGCGAAGCACCCGCCCACCGGCCCCUGCCGCCGAUGCCACAAGAAAGGUCACUGGGCACUCGACUGCAAGAACCGGGGUGAACAGGCACGUAGCAGCGACGACACCCAGGACGACACGUCUUCCUCCGCGGCCUCGCAACCGAACGUCGGCUAUUUCGCCUCCUGCCUCUUCGCUCGUCGCCAACUCCCAACUGACGCCUUUGUAGUCGAUUCGGGUGCCACGACACACAUGGUCGCCGACCGAUCUCUAUUCACGACUUAUCGUCAGACGGCACACACCAAGAUCGGCGGCAUCGCGGGCGGCAUCACGGCUAUCGGCAUGGGGGACGUGGCAUUCGUCGCCAAGACUGGACACCCGAUCACGCUCCGUGGUGUUCUUCACACGCCUGGCCUACACGUCAACCUCCUCUCUGUCUCUCGCCUCUGCGACACCGACCGCGUUCGUCUCGCCUUCACCAGCGACGGCAUCGACAUCGCCAAGGACGGCCGGGCCAUUGCUCACGGUACCAGGGUCAACGACGGUCUUUACCUUUUGGACGCGGAUCACACCAAGUGUCAGCAUCUUGCCUUCCUCUCACGCUCUGAGUCUCCCGUGCCCCUGCUUACCCUACACCGCUGCCUCGGCCAUCUUGCCCCAUCCUCUAUACAGAAGAUGAUUGCUGCAGGUUUGCUGGACGGGUUUGGGGCCGGGUACAGUGACAAAGACGUAGAGGAGUUUGUUUGCAAUGCUUGCCUUGGUUCCAAAGGUCACCGCCUUCCCUUUCCCGACUCUGAGUCGCAUUCCGCCGAGAGACUUGGCCUCGUGCACAGCGACGUCCUGUCGUUCCCCACUCCGUCCUUGACCGGGAAGCGCUACCUUGUCACGUUUCUAGACGACCACUCUCGCAAACUCUGGGCAUAUGCGAUCGAUCACAAAAGCGAUGUUUUCCCGACCUUCCAGACUUGGCUCGCCGAAGUGGAGUUAGAGACGAACGCGCGGUUGAGGAUCCUUCGAACCGACAAUGGCGGGGAGUACCGAUCAAACGCAUUCACGGAGUUCUGCAAAUCCAAGGGCAUUCGUCGUCAAUACUCUAUCCCUUACACGCCUCAACAAAACGGUCGCGCCGAACGUGUCAACCUCUCCAUCGUCGAGGGCGUCCUCGCUCUCCUUGCGGACGCCCGUCUGCCGGCCACCUUUUGGGAUGAAGCGGCUGCGUAUUUCGUUUAUUGCAAAAACAGGUGCUCACACUCAGCUUUGGCCAAACAGACUCCAGAAUCCGUUUGGAACGGCCAACGCACCACCGCCACCGCCCUCCACCCGUUCGGCUGCACAGCCUGGCUCACGGUCGCCCCGGACCUUCGCAGCAAGCUCGACCCCAAGGCCGCGCGCGUGAUCUUCACAGGUUACGACCUCGCCUCCAAAGCUUUCCGUUUCUUUGACCAUUCCAUCAACAAGAUUGUACUUGGUCGCAAUGCCACCUUCCUCGACGACGACUUCCCCGGCCUGCCAGUCACCACGCCCGUCGAUGCAGACGACACCGACCGUCAGUUCGUCGUUCCCGCCGACACGCCCGCCCCUGCCGUCAAGACGAGGACCCCACUAGUAAGGUCGGCGCACAUGGACGUCUCAUCCUCCCUUGAUGAUUCUGCCAUGAGCGCCGUUGACGUGGCCCCAGGGUACACUGGCGGAACCUUACUUAAUUCCACAGAUACCGAAUCGUCCUCGUCACUGUCUCCUGAGCCGUCCUCGUCACCGUCGCCCACAAACCCUUUGUCACCGUCGCCUGCGCUGUCACCGUCGUUGGCAGCGUCAUCGUCACCCUCGGUCUCACCGACCGACUCUGACUACUAUUCGAUCAACUCUACUACGUCAGCGAUGUAGUUAUAGCCAAGAGUGAUGAAUGCAUUUCAACAUACCUAUUCGAUCAACUCUACUACGUCAGCGAUGUAGUUAUAGCCAAGAGUGAUGAAUAG